UCAUUAUAUGAAGAUAAGAAAGUGAUUAAAAAUAAUAAAUCCAAUGAAAGCAAAGGAAUCAAAAUUUAUAAAACUCAAACCAGUAAUGUACAUACAUUCAAUUUUUCCAUUCAACCAAAGAAUGCCACCGACGAAGAACAGCAUGCUUAUGAAACUAAGCAAAUUGAUUUUGAGAUUACUGAAGAGCAACAUGCUUAUGAAACUAAACAAAUUGAUUUUGAAAUUACUGAAGGCUCUCAGUUUCAAGUUUAA